AGGGCGGCUUCGCGUGCGGCCCGAGGGGUCCAGAAAUUUCGUUCAACCCUAUCUGGUGCAUCUUUGGCAGAAAGUGAGGAAAACACCAUUGUUCUUUGGCAUGGACACAAGUUCAGUGGGAACAUUAGAAUUGACUGAUCAAACUUCUGUUUUACUAGGAAGUACAGCCAUGGCAACUAGUCUCUCGAACGUAGGAAAUUCAUUUAGUGGCCCACCUAAUCCUUUAGUGUCUAGAUCUAGUAAGUUUCAGAGCUCAUCAGUGGAAGAUGAUGAUGAUGUUGUUUUUAUUGAACCUGUACAACCUCCUCCAUCUUCUGCACCUUUGGUUGCUGAUCAAAGACCCGUAACAUUUACAUCUUCAAAAAAUGAAGAGCUACAAGGAAACGAUCCCAAAAUUCUUCCUUCAUCGAAAGAGUUGGCCCCGCAAAAGGGCAGUGUAAGUGAGACAAUUGUUAUUGAUGAUGAAGAGGACAUGGAAACAAAUCAAGAGCAAGAGAAGAAUUCCUCAAAUUUUAUUGAAAGGAGACCUUCUGAAAUUAAAAACAGAACAAAUGAUGUGGAUUUCUCUAGUUCCACUUUUUCAAGAAGUAAAGUAAAUGCAGGAAUGAGUAACAGUGGUAUUACCACAGAACCAGACUCUGAAAUUCAGAUUGCUAAUGUUACGACCUUAGAAACAGGCGUAAGCUCUGUGAGUGAUGGCCAACUAGAAAGUACUGAUGGCAGAGAUAUGAACUUAAUGAUUACUCAUGUAACAUCCCUGCAUAACACCAGCCUGGGAGACGGCUCUAACGGACUUCAGUCCAGUAACUUUGGUGUGAAUAUACAAACGUACACCCCAUCUCUAACUUCACAGACCAAGGCUGGAGUAGGACCUUUUAAUCCUGGUAGGAUGAAUGUUGCUGGAGAUGUAUUUCAGAAUGGAGAGUCUGCACCUCAUCAUAACCCAGAUUCUUGGAUCUCCCAGUCAGCAUCAUUUCCUCGUAACCAGAAACAACAAGGGGUGGAUUCUUUAUCACCAGUGGCCUCACUUCCUAAACAGAUAUUCCAGCCCUCAAACCAACAGCCCACUAAACCAGUUAAAGUCACUUGUGCAAACUGCAAAAAACCUCUGCAGAAGGGGCAGACAGCUUACCAACGAAAAGGAUCAGCUCACCUCUUUUGUUCAACCACCUGCCUUUCUUCUUUCUCUCAUAAACCUGCUCCAAAGAAACUCUGUGUUAUGUGUAAAAAAGAUAUAACUACAAUGAAAGGAACCAUUGUUGCUCAAGUGGACUCAAGUGAGUCCUUCCAAGAAUUUUGUAGUACAUCUUGUUUGUCUCUCUAUGAGGACAAACAGAGUCCCGCUAAAGGAGCUCUAAAUAAAUCAAGAUGCACAAUCUGUGGCAAAUUGACUGAGAUUCGCCAUGAAGUUAGUUUUAAAAACAUGACUCAUAAACUGUGCAGUGACCACUGCUUUAACAGAUAUAGAAUGGCCAAUGGUCUGAUAAUGAAUUGCUGUGAACAGUGCGGAGAAUAUUUGCCCAGUAAAGGUGCUGGAAAUAAUGUUCUGGUGAUUGAUGGUCAGCAGAAAAGAUUUUGCUGUCAGAGUUGUGUUACUGAAUACAAACAGGUAGGUAGCCAUCCAAGCUUCCUGAAGGAAGUUCGAGAUCAUAUGCAGGACUCUUUCUUAAUGCAGCCUGAGAAAUAUGGAAAACUGACAACUUGUACUGGUUGCCGAACACAGUGCAGGUUUUUUGAUAUGACUCAGUGCAUAGGUCCUAAUGGAUAUAUGGAGCCAUAUUGUUCAACGGCGUGCAUGAACAGUCACAAGACAAAAUAUGCCAAGUCACAGAGUUUGGGAAUUAUUUGCCAUUUUUGUAAGCGAAACUCUUUACCUCAAUACCAAGCCACAAUGCCUGAUGGAAAAUUGUAUAACUUUUGCAAUUCCAGUUGUGUGGCUAAAUUUCAGGCUCUAAGCAUGCAGUCAUCUCCAAAUGGCCAGUUUGUAGCACCCAGUGAUAUUCAGUUGAAAUGCAACUACUGUAAAAAUUCCUUUUGUUCAAAACCAGAAAUCUUGGAAUGGGAGAACAAAGUGCAUCAGUUCUGCAGCAAAACUUGCUCAGAUGACUAUAAGAAGUUGCAUUGCAUAGUUACAUAUUGCGAAUACUGCCAAGAGGAGAAGACUCUGCAUGAAACAGUAAAUUUCUCUGGCGUUAAGAGACCUUUCUGUAGUGAAGGCUGCAAGCUAUUAUACAAACAAGAUUUUGCAAGACGAUUAGGAUUAAGAUGUGUUACCUGCAACUAUUGUUCUCAGCUGUGUAAGAAGGGAGCCACUAAAGAACUUGACGGAGUUGUCAGAGACUUCUGCAGUGAAGACUGCUGUAAGAAAUUCCAGGAGUGGUAUUACAAGGCUGCGAGGUGUGACUGCUGUAAAUCCCAAGGCACUCUGAAAGAGCGAGUGCAGUGGCGUGGUGAAAUGAAACAUUUCUGUGAUCAACACUGCUUACUGCGUUUCUACUGUCAACAAAAUGAGCCAAACAUGACAACCCAAAAAGGACCUGAAAACCUACAUUAUGAUCAGGGCUGUCAGACGUCCCGAACCAAAAUGACAAAUGCCUUUAUGACGUGUUUUCUUAAAACCACAUGUUGUUCUUUCCUGUCUUGUUUUUCAGAUGAGAAUUGGAAGACAGAGUAUGUCCCAGUGCCUAUUCCUGUACCUGUGUAUGUCCCUGUACCUAUGCACAUGUACAGCCAGAAUAUUCCUGUUCCUACCACAGUUCCUGUUCCUGUGCCCAUUCCUGUGUUUCUGCCUGCUCCAUUGGACAGCAAUGAGAAGAUUCCUGCCACAGUUGAGGAUCUCAAAAGCAAAGUUUCUUCAGAUUCUCUUGAUACAGAAUUGCUUACAAUGACAGAUAUGAUGACUGAAGAGGAGGGGAAAACAGAGGCAUCCAACAUCAAUAGUGUAAUUAUUGAGACAGACAUAAUUGGCUCAGAUCUUACAAAGAACUCUGACCCAGAUACACAAUCCAACAUGCCCGAUGUACCAUAUGAACCAGAUUUGGACAUUGAAAUAGAUUUCCCCAGAGCUGCGGAGGAGCUUGAUAUGGAAAAUGAGUUUUUAUUACCACCUGUUUUUGGAGAAGAGUAUGAGGAGCAGCCCAGACCACGAUCUAAAAAAAAGGGAACCAAGAGAAAGGCUGUAUCAGGAUACCAGUCUCAUGAUGAUAGUUCUGACAAUUCAGAAUGCAGCUUUCCUUUCAAGUAUACAUACGGUGUAAAUGCAUGGAAACAUUGGGUCAAAACUAGGCAACUCGAUGAAGAUCUUCUGGUAUUAGAUGAGCUGAAGUCCUCUAAAUCAGUAAAGUUAAAAGAAGAUCUACUCUCUCAUACCACAGCUGAGCUCAACUAUGGAUUAGCCCAUUUUGUCAAUGAGAUCCGGCGACCAAAUGGAGAGAAUUAUGCACCUGACAGCAUCUAUUAUCUCUGCCUUGGUAUACAGGAGUACUUAUGUGGUAGUAAUCGAAAGGACAACAUAUUUAUUGAUCCAGGAUACCAGAUGUUUGAGCAAGAACUGAAUAAAAUACUCCGAAGUUGGCAACCAAGCAUACUUCCAGAUGGGUCAAUAUUCUCUCGAGUUGAAGAAGACUAUCUCUGGAGGAUAAAACAACUAGGAUCCCACUCUCCAGUAGCACUUUUGAACACCCUGUUCUACUUUAACACUAAAUAUUUUGGCCUGAAAACAGUGGAACAACACUUAAGACUUUCCUUUGGCACUGUGUUUAGGCAUUGGAAAAAAAAUCCUUUAACAAUGGAAAAUAAAGCAUGUCUUCGCUAUCAGGUGUCUUCCUUAUGUGGAACAGACAAUGAAGAUAAAAUUGCUACUGGAAAACGAAAACAUGAAGAUGAUGAGCCAGUAUUUGAACAAGUUGAAAACACAGCCAACCCUUCUAGAUGUCCUGUGAAAAUGUUUGAAUGCUACUUAUCUAAAAGUCCACAGAAUCUUAAUCAGAGAAUGGAUGUUUUUUAUUUGCAACCAGAGUGUUCUAGUUCUACAGAUAGCCCUGUCUGGUACACAUCUACUUCCCUGGACCGGAACACCUUGGAAAAUAUGCUUGUACGGGUUCUUCUAGUAAAAGAUAUUUAUGAUAAAGACAAUUAUGAACUGGAUGAAGACACAGACUAAAAAGGACCAUUUCAGAAGCAAUGGGAUAACACAGCAUUAGAUAGUCAUGCUGCUAGAUCUUUACAGGAAAACAUUUCAAGUUUACUCCUUCUGUUCUGAGUUUUGUAGCAAUGUACCCACACUGGGUAUUACCAUGUAAAUAAUCUGUGAGUGAAAGUUGCCAUUAUUCUAUGUAGUGGUUUUAGAAUACUUAACAAAUACAUCAAAUUCUUUUUUAUUAUUAUUUAUUUGAUUAGGUAUGUUUGUAACUUUUUACAUUACAAAUAUGAAGAGAAUGUGCCAUGUAUAAGUUUUUCUUGUUGCACUGCUCUACUGUUGCAAAGCUCCCUUCAAAGGGUGUGCUUUUACUGCGUUCUUGACCAGAUGGUUGUGUAUGGGUAGCACUACUCAAGUUUAGAACUUGCAGUGUCUUUCAGAAUUUUUAAAAUAAACUGUAAACUAAUAGGCUGGGUUUUUUUGUUUUGUUUGGGUUUUUAUUUGUUUGUUUUAUGUUUUAGUUACUGAAGCCUUACCAGGUUAUGUAGAGAGAUACCAUCUUCUGUACCAAAAAUAGACAAGAGAAUGCUGUUGAUACUGGUGUUCUGUAAUGUGAACUUAUGCUGGUGAAAACAACUUUAUGUUCCCCUUAUUAAAACUUAGUGUCCUUUUCUCACUUGUGACUUUCUGCAUCACCCCAUCAAUUUAAGGGAAAAAGUAUGUAUAUAUGUGUAAGUAGAGAGAGAGUGAGAGAGUGACUAUAACUUGAAAACAAGAUUAGGACAUUUUUCUUUGUAAAAUGUCUGGUGACAGUAGAAUACUCUUGUUUUUCUUUUCCCAUGCCAACCAUCAGUAUUGAGACCCUCCCCCUUUUAAGGGUACAGCUCAUGUUGCAUUACAACUUGGGAAGCACUCUCAAGUUUUACUGCUCUUAUUAGAAUUCUUGUGCCUGCUUCCAGAAGUGACUGAUGCAUAUGUGGGGCGGAAUUAUUUUUAGAAAUGCCACUCCUGAAAUAGUCAUUUUAGGAAGUCAGGCUACUUGAAGGGAGAUAGUGUCACAUUGUCCUACGGAUAUUACCAGUGGAGAAUGCUGAUUAAUCCAGGUGAUUGAAGAAAGAAAAGCUGGUGGAAGAAGUCAGUUUCAGAGGAAAUUGUGCUUGGUACUAGGUUGUUUGGCUUUGAAAAUUUAAUUACUUCUUAUAGAAGAUUACAUUUAAAAUACCUUUGUGCUUCUGCAUAGCAGUUUAUCUGUUCAUAACUUUUAGAUUAAGGAAAUCUACUUCAAAUUAUACUUUCUAAAGACUGAGUAAAGUGGUAUUCAAAAAUUAUCAAUUAUUUAGCUGACUUUGUAUAGCAUGUGUGAUGUUACUUUCCUUUUUCUGAAUCCUGAAAUCACCAUGGUGAUACUAGUUUUCAAAAUAGUUCUGAGGGAAAUUGGCCUGUUUUCCGUAGUGACUAGGCAAUAUCUAUAUAGCCCCUAUCAAUUUAUCUCUCCUUUAGCAUAAAUUUUAGCACAGUAAAGAAAUUUUCUCAAUCAUGAUUUUGAAAAUUUCACAGGAAUAGCCACUGCUCGCUUAAGCAAUAACUAUCUGAAAUGUUUUUGGCAUGAAAAUUUAUAGUGUUCUAAAUUUUUAUAAGUUUGAAUAACUUUAGUCCCUUGGUUUUAUAUUUGAAUCAUCAGAUUGAUAGCAGCAACUUCUUACUUCACUAAGCUAGACCUGCCCCCUCGCCUGUUAAAUGAAGCUGGAAACACAACAGAAUGCAGAUGUUCCUUGGCCUUUCAGCGCUCCUUCUGAAGCACUUUUACUAGAAAUGCAUAUUGUAAUCAUAGGCUGGUUAAUCCUAACCAUCUUCUAUACUUCAGAGUGGUGCUACAGCCCAUCAAAAAAGCAAUAAACUUACCCACAAAUGUCACUUGUAUAUUUUACCGAAUACCAUAAAUUUCUGCCGUGGUACUACUAAGCACCGUGUCUUGCUAUUUAGUUUUUAUUGUUUGUACAUUUUAGCUUUUCUAAGCAGAAAUGCCUACAGAAUUUUGAUCGUACAUGAUAGAGGAUUUAGAGCUUGUCUUUGUUUCAUGCAAUCCAAUGAUUGAUCUACUUGAUUCUCAGGGGGAAAGAAAAACAAACUAUUUUAUGAGAGUUGUUCUGGGAAAUUUAUUUCACCUGGAACACAUUUCCUUGAUUCUUGGCUGUCCUUAGUGUGUGGCCAUAACUGACUGCUGAGAGAAAGGACAUUGAAAUGAUAGUUUAUUUUUUACUUCUCGGUGACUUCUGAUUAUAGACAGCAUCCUGUAAAUAUAACUUUAUUGUCUUGAGAUGUCUAUUGAAGAUACUAUAUUUUUCUGUUCUGAACGAUUUUGCCACUUAAAAUCGUUCAAUGAAAAAGAUAAUGAGCUAUUCUGAGGCAGGUGGAUUUCCCAUGCAAACUGAAUCCUCAACGCAUUUCAAAAGGCUUUUACUGUAUUAGGUAACAUGAGAUAUUAAAGGAUUUUUCUAGGCAA